UACAUUUGAAAAUUUUCAAAAUUACGGAAUAUGUUAUGACAUUACAAGGCUAACAAUCUGACAACUAAGUUCGUUGUUACAAUACAUAAGUGUGAUUUAAAAUGCAAAGAAAGUCCGACUACUAAGUUUAUUGUCAAAUUGUUGUCAAAAGCAGGCUUCUUGUCUGACCAAAUCAAGAUCAUCUAGAAUUCGACCAAACAUGUAUUUUGUACGCGUCAGUAUUCUCGUAGUGUUUCUAUGCUUCUACUAUUGCCACGCACGGGCGGAGAUUAGGGAUCUUCAAACAUGCGAAUCACAUCUGAAUAAAUAUCGCAGAUUUUUACUUCAGGCUAUUUUGAAUUUCGAAGAUAUCUGCGAUGCCUAUAAUCCCCGUGUAGUUCUUGCUGCAGAUAAUGGCCUACCACCACAAAUGGCAUUCCUUGGUCAUUACCAACCCACCGAACAGAAGGCAGAAACUUGGACAUUCUUGAAAUUGUUAAUGGCUCAAUUCAAUGACAUGGACUUUGGUAAUAUUUUACGUGAUGCAAUAAUCGAUAGAUGCCAUUUGAAGUUCCAGCAACAACAGCAGCAGCAAUUGAUUCAGCAACAACAGCAGCGCGAUGAAAAACGUAACACCGUGGUUUUGGGUAAAAAGCAACGUUUCCAUUCCUGGGGUGGCAAACGAAGUGGUGGUCUUGUAACCAAUGAUUUGGACAUGGAACAUAAUGUCGAUGAUGUUACCAUGGCAUAUUAAACUGUUUCCUGGAUUUACAAUUUGCAUAUAUGCGUGACCUAACGAAGAAUAAAAAUGGCUGGUUUUGAAUCACUGAAGAAGAAAAAAAAAACAACUUAAAACUCAAAUUCCUACCAUAAUGUGUACAAAUGCAAAGAAUGUUAUAGAUUUUACUUAUAAGUCUGUGUGUUGUUUUAUAUGAAUAUUUUUAAUAAAUAUAUAAAUUA